AUGGCUUUCCGCACCUUUGGGCUGUCCAAAAAGUGCCGCUGGGCCCUGGCAUUGAUUCUGGCGCUGGUCGUGCUGGCCCUCUACUUUGUCUACUCCUUCCUUGGGUACAUAAUCUUCUCUGUUUGGGUCUACUUCGUUGGCCGUGCCACGCUGAGCAGCCAAGUAGCCCCAGCGCCUUACCCGGUGGUGUUCAUCCUGUCCGCUACACUUGUGGUCACACUCAUUCCAUGGAUUUUUUUUGGUGGGCACCAGGGUUGCAGCGAAUUUGACGUGACCAUGCAAACGGCGUGGGGCUUGAGCUUCGAGGAUUUUUGGUUUCAGUUCACGAUUCGAGCAGUUCUCAGCUGGACACUUGCUCCGAUCGUUGCUUUCAUGCUGUUGGCGGAUCACUUUGCCUCGCCUUACGUCAGGGAAUCCAUACGAUGCGUGCUGUACAUGUACCUUGCCCAGCUCUUGAAAACACUUGGUACAGCAUUUGACGCCUGUCACGGGACUGAUCUUGAUGGCGACAACGUUCGGGACAUGGCAUAUGAACACGACCCACUGGCGGGAUUCGCAUCUGCGUAUGGGACUGGCGCAGCAUUCCUCAGUGACAUUUGGUGCCUGCAGUUAGUUGUGGAGAGGUUGCGAGCUCUUGAAGAAACUUAUGGUCAGCCUUUGCCGUGCUCGAGAUCCAUUCUGUGGAUGUCGCGGCUCAACAUUUGGAUGUUCUUCGCCCUCGCGGCCAUGAACUUCACACCGCCCAUCGCCUCUUGGGUUGUCAGCAUACUCUCGACAUUCAGUAUCGGCUUAAUCACGCUCCUUAUCUGGCGGGCCUAUGCUGUCCCUCUGCACGUGCUACAAGCAGCACUGAGGCUGGAGGCUGUGGAUGGCGUCCUGUUGCAGCUGCACAAAGAGGCGAAGUUUGCUAUGAGGGUAAUUCGCAAGGCGCAGAUUGCCCUUGUGCUGGCCAGCUUCUCAAUGGGAUGGCACAUCGCAAGCUGGGGUGUGUCCUGGGUGAUCAUAGCGCAGUGGACAAACGACGCUUUCCAGUAUGGUGCCAUGGUAGACACGAUGGGAAACACCGUGUGCUUGCUGUUGCUUGUCAAUAGUUCCCUUCAUUUGCCCAGAUGCAUACCCACGUGCUAUGCAGCUCAAUCUGCAGUCGACUCUGAGCUCACCGAGGAGUUGGGCUGCACCUGUGGCAAGAAGGUUGGACUGCCGCGGCGGUCACAGUUGGAUGGUGAGGCAAAUGACGUGGUAAGCUGCGACAAGUGCGCUUGGGCAGAGAAGGUUGCUGAGAUUGCUGACAGGCGCGUUGCUGUUGGCCAGCUCCUAGAUUUUCACAAGCGACUGGGAUCGGAGAAUCUCAUGCCCCACUUCGAUCCUUUGCGCUCGACGACCAACGACGUUGUCCGGCACGCCAUCAUCCCCGAGUCCCGAUGCGGAAAUCUCGGGAAGGCACUGGCCGAGGUAUUGCCUCGGAGAUCUACCGGCACACCACGCAUGGUGACUCACCAUUGGCAGAAUCGCUUCAGUGACUUGCUUGCAGUGGUGGUGGCAGACAGCCUGGGCAUGAAGCGCUGGGACAGCAUCGCCCAGCAACUCUCCACAAAACAGGAAGAAGCUCUUAAGGAGAGGCUUUCGGAUUGCGGGUCCCUUCACUGGAACUACUGGAUCUGCGCCUUCUGCAUCAACCAGCAUGCGAGCAUUUGUGGCAAUGCCAUGGGCGUCCAAGACACCGUCACUGCCGAGGUGCUUCCCUCGUGUGACUGCAGCACGCCGAAAGACUUCAAUGACCAUCCGAUCCAAUGUGAACUCAACAAGUUUGACAGCAUGAUGCUGCACCUGCAUCGCUGCGACGUGCAUGGUUUUCUGCAAGUUGUGGCCAUUGACCGAGAUUUCAAUGUGUUUUCACGGGCCUGGUGUGUAGCCGAGCUGGUGCAAGCCCGCAGCUGCCGACUGGAUCAACACGUCAUCCUGCACUCGCCGGAGGUCCUUGAGAAAAACUCGAGGCGUCUGAGCUCUCUGCGGGUGGAGGACUGCUGUGCCUCGCGGCCUGAGGAUAAGGAUGCAAUCCUGUCAAAAAUUGGCGGGAAAGAUGAGAUCCUUGAGUUUAACAAGCGUUUGCAACAGCUCCUUUUAGGCUCUGAGGGUCUACUGGCUGGAUGGCUUGACGGCCAAAGGCUGUUGCAGGAGGUUGGAGCCAUCGCGGCUCGAGCCAGAACCCGUGUCGGCGAGGACCUAUCAGAGCCUCAAACAGCCGUCUGA